ACUCAUACAGCUUUUAAAUAGUGUGGGACAAAAAUAGUGCAAGUUCAUCAGACUAUAACAACAUUAACAACGUGACAGCUAAUCCGCGUGUGCAGGGAAAUCCACUAGUCAUUAUUAUUCUGUUCGUCCAUACAUGACAUCAGCAGGCAAAAUGAGGUGUUCGCGCUAUGGUGAAGGAGGGCAAGUAUAUGUCCCCGCUGAGCGAAGACACGCGCCGUCUGGCGAGGGAAGAACUCCGGGAAGACGAAGCCAUCCGAGAGAACGCCCUCGAACACAUGAAGAAGUGGGCUGAGGACAAUCCCAGGAUAGAGACAUGUCGCACCGAUCCUUGUUUCCUUCUUCGGUUCCUGAGAGCCAAGAAAUUCAGCCUUCCGAUGGCUCAGGAAGCAAUGGAACGUUAUCUCCUGCUUAGACAAACCUACAACUACGCAUUUAAUAACCUGGACUGCCUGUUGCCCAACAUGGACUAUCUCUUCUCUGAGGGUUAUUUAUUUGCGGCUCCAGGAAGGGACAAAGAUGGACGUCGUUGGAUCAUCGCAAGGCCAGGAGUAUUCGAUCCUCACAAGUACACAAACGCUGACAUGUGCAGAAUCCACGGUAUAACCUAUGAAACUCUGAUGGAAGAUGAAGAGUCACAAGUGCGAGGGUUUGUCCACUACGGUGAUGGAGCUGGAGUAAGCUUCCCCCACCUCACCCUCUUCACACCUAAGGAGGCUGUUCGGAUAGUCAAAAAUGGAGAGAGAACACUUCCAAUGCGACAUAAAGAGGUCUGGGGAAUCAACGUGCACCCAUCCAUCAAAUAUGCUUUAGAUUUUGGCAUGAGCCUCAUAUCAGAGAAAAUCAAGAAGAGAGUUAAGGUUUUCACAAAUCUGGAGGAAGCAAAAAAGAACAUGCCAGAUUUAUCAAUGCUCCCCAAGGAAUAUGGAGGUACAGUUCCAAUGGCAGAAAUGAUAGCCCUGUGGAAGAAGGAGCUGCUGGCAGCCAGGCCUCAGUUAUUGGCACACGACGAGAUGCGGGUGCGGCUAGAACUGUUCAGUGAAGGGGCUCGGGCCGGGGCAGUGUCAGCCUUGCGCAACAACGGCUCUUGCAAUCCUCAGACAGAUGUUUUGGCGGGCAGCUUCCGCAAGUUACAGGUUGACUGACGGCUGAGAUCUGGAUUGAUUGUUAAAUAGUAUUUUAUACAACAAUUAAGGAUUAUUUUCAAUCUCAAAACCCUAUAUCCAAGAUUGUUCAGUACAGAAAUCUAAGAUAAAAUGUUCAAAUUUUAUUUAUGAUAGUAACAUUAUAGAAACAUGGAAUUUUAUACUUUUUGUAGAAUAAUGUUUUGCAUAAUCUUUGUAGGCCAAAACAGUAUUUUAGCUUUUAUGUACUAUUAUGUAAAUAGUUUGUGAUAUUAUGGUGUGGUUAGUUCUAUUUGAAACCGGCACCAUCACUUCAUAUAAUGCAAUAUAAAACAGGGAAAUGUUUGUCUGAAAACAAAUCCCAACUAGAAUAUUAUUUCGUUUAUACCAUUUGCAGUAAAACAGGUUCACUAUGUGACUUCUAAUUUGUAUUUGGCAGAAUAUAUUUUUGGAACUCAAAUAAGAACCUAGUUUAGAAUCUAAAAAAUCUCGUAUUUAAAAUUUACUAGUGUGGUAAAUAAAGAACGAAAUAAAACUUUUACAAUAAGAAAGAUA